AUGGUAGAUGUCGUCGUGGCCUCGGAUCAACCAGUAGAUGUAGAUGUCGUCGUGGCCUCGGAUCAACCAGUAGAUGUAGAUGUCGUCGUGGCCUCGGAUCAACCAGUAGAUGUAGAUGUCGUCGUGGCCUCGGAUCAACCAGUAGAUGUAGAUGUGUGUGGUGUGUCAGGGAAUGAGUCGCCAGAGAGUGAGUCGCCAGAGAGUGAGUCGCCAGAGAGUGAGUCGCCAGAGAGUGAGUCGCCAGAGAGUGAGUCGCCAGAGAGUGAGUCGCCAGAGAAUGAGUCGCCAGAGAAUGAGUCGCCAGAGAAUACAUUGGCACAAGGUGGUAACAGGAGGCAUCCCUCUGCCUUGCUGAAGGCAAGAAGCAGCAGCAGCAUCAACAGACAGUAA